AUGCCGAAAAACCCCUUUCCAUCCGAAUCAGCUUCUGCAAAAAAGUCCUAUAUCCCAGUCCGCGACCCAAAAUCCUCGGACUCAACCUCCCGAGUCCGCGCCGAUCGGAGCCGUCCUAGAUCUAGCAGCCUAGAAAACUCUCCCCGGACCCCCACUGCCGAAAAGCCGGCGUGUGAUUCCGCCGACGACGUCCCCGUUCAAGCUUUCGAAGGUAUCCAGGGGCGAUGUCACCGCCGUACCGUCGGGCUACCCCUUCACGGUGGCGAUGACGAAUGUGGCACCGGCGUGGUUUUGGCAUGGUACUGGUACUCGAGGCCUAGAUCACACUUGGAUGGUUGGUCGAUCCGUAACCUUCUCUUCGAAUUCGAUAAGGCCGGCGCUGAGGGCGAGCGCGACAUCGUGUUCGAAAAGAGGAGAAGCGAAAAGAGAAAAUGCGAAAAGAGAAAAGGACGGAGAGAGAAAAAGCCAAAAGAGACGAAGCCAACAGAGAAGAAGCCAAAAGAGAAAAAGCCAAAAGAGAAGAAAAAGCGAAAACAGAAAAAGCCAAAAGAGAAAAAAAGACACAGAGAAAAAGCGAAAAGAGAAAAAAAGCGAAAAGAGAAAAAGCGAACAGUAAAGAAGCCAAAAGACAAAAAGCGAAAACGAAAAGAGCGAAAAGAGCAAAAGCGAGAAGAGACAAAGCGAGCAGAGAAGAAGCGAAAAGAGACAAAGCGAAAAGAGAAGAAGCCAACAGAGAAAAAAGCCAAAACAGAAAAAAGCCAACAGAGAAAAAGCCAACAGAGAAAAAGCCAACAGAGAAGAAGCGAGAAGAAAAAAAAGACACGGAGAGGAAAAGCAAGAAGGGAAAAAAAGACACAGAGAAGAUGA